CCGCGGAGCUGAACGUCCAGGCAGGCGGGCACACGGCGACAGCGGCGGGGGGAAACCAACACACUCUAACGGCUGGAAAAGUGUUACCGAGCCGCGGAGGAGAGACGUUAACGGAGCUUUUAGACACUUGAUCCGCCCGGCAGGUAGACAACACCGGACCACUGGUGCUGUUUAUCCCGGGAACACGUCACAGUCACCGGGAUCCGCUCGGGGAAGUGGAGAUCACCUGGAUCGGUGCUGUUACCGGGAGCCUGGUCACACCGACCACCGGGACCAGAGACACCACGACCACCCGUCUAGCUGGACCAUACACACACACACACACACACACACACACACACACACACACACACACACACAGCAGUGGAGGAGUUUACUAUAAUGUUUGUGUGACAGACACGUAUGGUUUUGCCUUGUAGGACCGGAGUACGGUACCGGGAAGCUGUGGGGAAAGGCGGGGCUCGAACCCGUGGACUCUAACCGGGAUUACCGAGCUCCCCGGAGCCGUUCACCCACAGCGACGCAGCGUUUUUUGGGGGGCGGGGGGUCGACGGAGGAGGCAACAACUGGAAUUUAGGAACCUUGGUGGGAACUCUUACCGAGCACCGUGCUGCGGGCGGACCGACUGUCUGUCGGUCAGUGAUCGGUGCCCGGCGCUCCGCCGCCUGUCGUGGCCUCCGUCCCCACGCGUUUUUAAGGAGCACCAUCAGGUUUUGGGACGCAUAUUUCGGGGAUCUUUCCCCCCCCCAGCCGGGGUCGGACUAUGGCGGACGACGACAUCCUCUUUGAAGAUGUGUACGAGCUCUGCGAGGUCAUUGGAAAGGGUCCCUUCAGCGUGGUGCGGAGAUGCAUCAACAGGGAGACGGGACAGCAGUUUGCUGUCAAAAUCGUGGAUGUGGCCCAGUUUACCUCCAGUCCUGGACUCAGCACGGAGGGUAAGAGAUCACUAUCUCUCCGUCUAUUACUCACUCUGCCGUUUCCAGCUGCUCAUAAAUAUAACGCCAGAUAAUUGCUUUUUGCCACUCUGUUGCACACUAAAAGUUAAUGCAAUGGAGAGGUCAGAGGCUCGUCCUUGUUUGUGUGUGU